AUGGCGACUGUGUUUAUAGGGACUUUGGCGGAUGUGGAGCAGUUGCAUCACCGCUUCAAGAAAACUUUCGGGUUUGCCGUCACCGCGAAUCAGUUUGAGAGCCUUUUACUACUGAAGUCGGCCGAGAGUGUCGGGACCGAAGAGGUUUUUGAGGUGCUGAACGCCAACCACGACGGACGCGUGGACGGGUUGGAACUGCUGGCGGCACUGGUCUGUGUCUGUCGUGCCAUGUUUGAAGACAAAGCAAGAUGUACGGCUUAUGGUGAUAACGUAUUGAACUUUUUGUCUCAGUUGCUUUUCGAUCUCUUUGAUUUCAACCACAAUGGGUCUUUAUCACUGGCAGAAUUGGCACUUCUGAUGACUCUGCGGAGUUUUCAAGCGCCACGGCUCAUGGCUGCUCCACGUCGUCCUUGGGCUUCAUGGCCGGGAACAUGA